GAGAGAGAGAGAGAGAGAGAGAGAGAGAGAGAGAGAGAGAGACUGUUUCUCUGGUCUAGUUCAGGCAGUUAUUUUCUCUUCUCAAGGCUACCUGGAUAUUACUGGAUGGUACUGUGCACUGCAACGCUAGCCUAGCUCUCUCAUCCUCCUCUUCUCUCGUCUUCCUCUCUGCCCUGUACGUGUGUUGGGAAGGUGCCUGUCUCAGGUGCAGACAUGGCCACCUCUGUGCUCUCCAGGAUUAUUCUAUGUCUGGCUAUAUCUCUGUUUCCGGUAUUGACAGUGACCAGCCAGGAUGUCAACCUAGGGAACGAAGACAGCUGUGCCGAAAACGGCAAAGUCUACAGCAACAACGAGAUUUGGAACCCGGAGCCAUGUAAGAUCUGUGUGUGUGACCUGGGGACUAUUACCUGUGAGGACAUCCGAUGUGAAGACCUAGCCUGUAAGGAAACCAGCACCCCUGAGGGAGAAUGUUGCCCUGUGUGUUCUGAGGCCGCAGGAACCCAGGGCCAGCAGGCUACUACCUGGGAUAAUCUGCUACCAAAGAUCAAAACGGACGAGAAGAAGGAUGAGACCUGCAGGGACAACGGGCAGGUGUACGCCCACAAUGACAUGUGGACCCCAGAGCCGUGCAAGGUGUGUGUGUGUGACAGUGGAACCACCAUCUGUGAGGAGGUGCAGUGUGAGAUGGUGGGGAACUGUGAGAAGGUGACCAUCCCUGAGGGAGAGUGCUGCCCCGUGUGUGACAGCUUCUCCAGCGCUAACAGGAGGAUAGAAAUGAUGGCGUUCAAGGGUCAGAAAGGCGAACCUGGUGAUAUCCCUUACGUCGUGGGGCCAGUAGGUCAACCCGGACCAAUGGGUCCUCCCGGAGCUCAGGGGAGCAGAGGAUACACUGGUUUCAAGGGCAGAAAAGGUUUACAGGGCCCAGCAGGCUUCGACGGGGAACCAGGAGUCCCAGGGAACCCUGGUGAGCCAGGAUCCCCCGGCCAGCCCUCACACCCUGGGGGUCAGCUGGUCUCUCAAAUGGCAGCAGGCUUCGGUGAGAAAUCAGCUGGGAUGAUGGGAAUGAUAUCUGGCAACAGGGGUGAGGCAGGACCAAGAGGGCCUCCUGGACAGUCCGGUCAACCAGGCUCUACAGGGGGGCAGGGGGCCCCAGGAGACGUUGGAGACCCCGGAUCCAUGGGUGGCUUUGGUUACAGAGGACCUGAGGGCCCACCAGGAAAACCAGGACUAGAUGGAGAAUCUGGCCCAGCCGGAAUAGAUGGAGAUAAAGGAGCCGUUGGAUCUGCCGGUGCCAGAGGUUUCCCAGGACUGCCAGGUCACCCUGGACUGAAAGGCCUUAAGGGUCAUGCAGGUCUUCUAGGACCGAGAGGUCAAUCUGGUGUUGCUGGGUCAAAGGGCCCAUCAGGUACUCCAGGUGGAAUGGGGCCCCCUGGUCCUGCGGGUCCAGCAGGAAUGCAAGGGGAGAGAGGAAGGAGUGGCCCAACUGGACCUGUGGGGAAACGUGGUGAAUCUGGACAUAUUGGGAAAGCAGGACCACAGGGUCCUAUGGGGAUCACUGGAGCUCUAGGAUUCCCAGGUAGUCCAGGUAUAAAGGGGCAACCAGGGCCCCCAGGAGCACGAGGGACAGGGGGCCAGCAAGGACCAAGAGGGGAGGCCGGACGCGUGGGAUUGGCUGGAGCUACGGGAAUUCAGGGUCCAACAGGAACAGAGGGUGCUGCUGGAACCAAAGGACCAUCCGGAGCUCCAGGUGUCCAGGGUCUGACUGGACUGCUUGGCCCCGCGGGGCCCCCCGGACCACAGGGAACCACUGGACUAACCGGGCCUAAGGGCCAACUGGGUGAUUUAGGCAUUCCCGGAUUCAAAGGAGAGGCUGGAUUCAAAGGAGAAUCUGGUGCACCUGGUGAUCAUGGAGCGCUGGGUCCCAUGGGAGAGGAGGGGAGGAGGGGAGGACGGGGUGAUGCUGGGACUUCAGGAGCCGCUGGACCCAAUGGAGAGAGAGGUGCUCCUGGCAGUAGAGGUUUUCCUGGUCAGGAUGGGUUACCUGGUCAAAAGGGUGCCCAAGGUGAGCGAGGACUGGGUGGAUCAUCUGGUGCCAAAGGUGCCGAUGGUGACCCUGGACGCACUGGAGAGCCAGGUCUUCCAGGGGCACGGGGUCUGUCGGGUCUUCUCGGCUCCCAGGGUCCUGAGGGACACCAAGGACCAAUGGGAGGAGGAGGAGAAGAUGGGGGACCAGGUUCAGCAGGGUCAGAUGGUACCAGAGGUCUAGCUGGAACCAUGGGUGUAGUUGGACCAAAAGGCUUUACUGGAGACCCUGGUAAGGCAGGAGAAGUGGGGACCCCAGGUGUUGCAGGACAGAGGGGGGUUAAUGGGAAAGCUGGAGAGAUGGGCGCUGGUGGCACUGCUGGUCCAGCAGGAGUUGCAGGGAAGAGAGGAGAGCAAGGACCUCCUGGUAUGAAUGGCUUCCAGGGUCUACCUGGGUCUGCUGGUCCACCUGGAGAGUCUGGGAAACCAGGUGCUGAGGGUAUCGCUGGAGAGGGAGGGGCUGCUGGUCUCACAGGGCCAAGGGGUGAGCGGGGCAUCCCAGGAGAGAGAGGUGAUGUGGGAACUAAAGGACUACCGGGGCCCAAAGGUAUUUCAGGAGGGCCAGGACCAGAGGGACCAAAGGGGGGGUCUGGAACUAAAGGAAGCGUUGGGGACAUAGGAGCUGCAGGCCUGCAGGGGAUGCCCGGGGAGAGGGGUAUCCCUGGUUCUCCUGGUCCUAAAGGAGAUGUGGGUUCAGUUGGUGAGAAAGGAACCGAGGGUACUGCUGGAAACGACGGGCCGGGGGACUUCCUGGUCCAGUUGGACCAACGGGAGGCAUUGGGCUCAAUGGUGAUAAGGGAGCUUCUGGGGAGCCUGGUCCAACCGGUGCAGUAG